AUGUUCGGCACCUCGCGCUUCAGCCUUUUGGUUGUCGCCUUGAUCACCUUCGUUUCAUUCGUUACCGCACGGACAGUGAUCACCAGUCAAACAUGCGCCACUCGCUAUUGUGGUUAUGCUGUUCCACAGAACAAAAUAUUCAAGACUACAAAAACUAUUCACAAAUCUGCGCGGUAUACAGUAACGCGCUGGAAGACGGUGUCUAAACCGAAGUCCGUGCGUACGAUUAAAACAACAAAGACGACUACUUCACAUAGAAGGACAUGGAUCUUAAGAACUGCCACAGUUUAUAUGGGAUCCAUAGUUUGGACUGGGACAUCCACCCAUACCCGUAAAUCUACAAAUACGAUUUACAAGGCCACUACAACAAUAACUUUGCCGGUAACCACGAAGACUAUUCCGACUUCCACCAUAACUAUUCCAGUUCCCGCAGGCUUUACUGGUGUGGCUGAGGAUCCCGACAAUAAAGCUGCGCUCACUCAACCAGUUUUUGUUCCAAAGCGUGAUGCACCAGUAUUGGACGUAGAACUUGACCGUCGUAGCGCAGAACCAGCACCAGCACCAGAACCUGAGCCGGAACCUGAACCUGAGCCGGAACCAGUACCUGAACCCGCUGCGAAAGGAAAGCAUGUUACAGCUAUAACAUGUACCAAAACAUUGAUCACAAAGACUGGCACAAGCGACCUCUGGAAGACGACUACUAAAUGGGGCGGUAUAUCCACCAAAACGGUGGUGGUAUCAACUAAAACAAUCUUUCCACCCAUCGUCAGUACCAUUAGAACGACCACCACGACCGUGACAACAGUAACUAGAAAGGAUAAAGUUGUAUUUGCGACCUCAUGGACAUCAACAACUGUUUUUACGACUUCAACAAAAUAUCUAUCUACAGUCACAAAAGAUUUCCCCGUCGAGACCUACCACCCCUCUUGUGGAGCUAGAAACAUUAGUCCACCGGAAAGAUUUAGUACAGGAUGGUCCGCCUGGCAGACUAACGCUUUCGCUGACGAGAAUGUUCAUGCCAUCAUGAGCAACGGGACAAAUUAUGACUGUUGUGUAGCCUGUCAUACCUGGAACCAAGGGGGUACAUGCAUUGGUAGCGUUUGGCGGUCAACAAUAUUUGAAGGAGAUCCACCACCGUGUGCUUUUGACCCUGACCCGGAGUGCGACGACAGACCAUUUGAACCCGAGUUUCGUUCUAAAUGCGAGUUGAUAAUUGCUUCAUCAAGUGCACCGGCUCAGUGCCGCAAACAUGAUUACUCGUUCUAUACGACAGGUUCAGAACCACGAGCGGCGGUCAGCAAUGGAUUAUCAUGCAAGAGGUUCAAGUUCACGAGAUUUUGGUAA